UUUCCACCUCUACCCGGCUUUAUUUUGUUUUGUUAUUACAACGUUUUUAAAAAUUUAAUUGAUUUAACCAUGACUUGUGACACCACCGAGGCCCUUGUGGCGCACAUGUGUGAGCUGGUGCAGUUCUAUAUGCUGCCGGAACUGAAGGAGGAUCUGGACAACAUUCAAUUGGAGGCAUCGCAGUUCGAGAGCUAUCAUUCACUUCUAAAACAGGAUUUGCCCAAAUUGUACGACUUGGUGCAGGAGUUCUUGCAGAAAACUGAUGAUUCGGGACACGAAGAGUUGAGGGUAAAGCUGCUCCUGCUGAUUUGCGAACUAACAGCAGCUCCCACAGUUUACCAACUCAAGGAUGAUUCUGGUAACCUUCUAAAAAACGCCAAUGAGUUGGCCAAGAAGCUAUCCUCCAACUGGUGGGAGUCCACAGACGCACAAAUUCUAAAAUACUACGAGCAAAAGCUACACAGAGAUUGCUGGAAGAAACAACUAGGAGCAGUUCAUGGUUUUGCCAAUUAUUUGGAGCUUCGAUACUCGGCUAAAUUCAGAAUGCCCACCCGGAUGCUAGCCUUUGCCUUAUCCGUGGGUCUAAAUGUCCGGGAAUGCUAUGAUCCUGCCUACAAACAACUGGGCGUCAAGAUCUUCUCAGUGAUGUUGAAGUUUAGCGAAUGCAAAGAUAUUCAAGAGCUCAAUGUGCACAGCGUGAUCUAUGAUCAUGCCCUCAAAGAUGCCUACAACAUGGAGUCCAUUGAAGCUAUAGACUCCGUUUGGAACUGCAUGUACUUAUGUCUGGAUCACUUUGUAGAUUUAGAUGCUUUUACGUGGAACCAAUGCGACGACAUGCUGGACCGGCUCAUUCAAAAUGUCACCAUGGCUUCUAGCCCGAAAAUCUCCAUCUGCCUGCUGCAGUUUAUUACACGACUGGGCUGCUAUUUCACCAUCAAUCGCAGUGAUGUGGAAUCUGCUCUGGCCACAGAUCUUAAACAGCCAGAUAAGUUGGCUGCGUGCCGGGAAGAGUGCCUUGCACUAAACGCUAGCACCAGCUAUCGGUGGGCCAAGGCCAUCCUUCAAAUGCUGGUCCUGGAGUCGGACAAGCUGCUCCAAGGCGUCGAAGUGUGUACCGAGCUGCUGGAGCAGAUGCUGAGAUGCUAUCUGGUGUGCAUCCUGCCCAUUCCUCUGCAGGCCUUGCACUCGCACCUACCCGAGUUCUACUCAAAGUUUGUGGCUGUGCUUUUGGAGUGUCUGGUGGCCCAUAAACGGGCGCCUUCAGUCCUUAACCUCGUUUUGCGCUUUACGGAAAUCUUCAGCUUUCAACUGGAAAACUGCUCAACGCAAAAGAUGCCAGCAGAUUUAGAAGAAUUCCCCAAGGCUCUGACAGUUAUACAUCGCAAGGUUAUUGAAUAAAUGGGGGGAAUGUAUAUGUAUUUAUAUCAACUAAUAAACUGUUUAGUGUA